UGGAAUGUCUAAUGAAUAGAAUAAGAGAUGAGAAGGAUCAAAGGCUCCUUUUUUCUCCUCCACAACCAGCCUUCAUCACAAGAGAGAUAGAGCGAAGCGAGAAUAUCCGUGACAUGUAUAAUAUUUCAAAGGGAAAAUUGGCCUUUCCGUCCACUAUACUUCAUCCUCAACACUUCAUUGACAGGGGGCCUAGGAUCUCUCUGUCAUAAAUACUUCACCUAUCUUCUUCGUUUGUUGUUAGCAUUAGCUGCCUGGCACAGGAUGUGAGAAGACACCCUGUCUCCGAUGUUGGAGCUCGUCUUCAGCUUGAAUCAAAGCGUUGACAGGCUAAUGCCGCUGAGCACCUCCACUGCUUAUACACAUGUCACUUCCUGUGAAGAGUAUCUGUAUCAGUCUGUAUGUAAUCAAAGGAGGAGGCUCUGGGUGAUUUAUGAUGGUCUGAGAUCAGUAAUACAACAGCUUGGCAUCCUGUGGAUGUUGCCUGAGCCUUGCCCCACGUCUCUACAUCGCAACUGUGUAGACAAUGGUUUGUGAAUUCACAAUUCAGAUUGUGAUAUCGAAGUAAAGAUGAUCAGAACAAUGACUUCCUUUUAUGAAGUUGAUAUCCACCCUUCCCUUUCAUUGUUGGCAGAGGGAAAUGUUUUGUAUGGAGUUGAGGUUCAUGGAUAAUGACACAUUCUUUGGUUCUGUCAAGUGGCGUAUCUGAUGAGGAGAUUAAACAGAAUAUUAAAGGCAGUUGCUAAAUAUAUCCUCUGGCUUUGUGCCGUAGGAGCGUCACAAUGGCUGUCGUGUGAUAGGUGACCUGGACUCGGCUCUACUUUCACCAGACAGAACACUACCGAGGUAUAGCGUUACAGGUGGUGAGUUAUUGAACCGGGGCGGCUGGUCACGUUGCUUGUACUGGAGAACGGAACUGUUAUCGCUCUAGAUGCGUUGUCGAAUGUCCCUUUGUAAGCAGAUUCGGUUACUGACGGUAUCACUAGUCAGCCAAUUGACGUUGCUCUUUGAGCGUCUAGGCGCAGAUUAGUCUCGUGUGCUUUACCUUCUCUGGCAGCAGUAUACGAGUUCAGACAUUUCACUUUCAACUUUUCCACACAGGGGUGAAAAGAACAGUACUGUAUCCCUAUUGAUAACAGUUGGAUAGUGGAUUGUGUACAGUUUUGAAGGUUUUGCUUACAGACUGAUUUUUCGUACCAACAGCCACUGCAGAGGGACAGUGAAAAGGGGACCCAGAAGCUGUGGGUUGUCAUGGACACCUUUUUCCGCCGGCACUUUAGACUGAAAGGGGCUGGGCAAUCCCGACACAGACGGCCUGGCGUGGCAGUGCCCACAAGCAAGGCUCGCCGGCGCUCCAGUGUAGGACUGCCCUCUGCUGGCCUGGUCCAACGUAGACGCUCUAGUGUGGGACUGCCAUUCACAGGUCCUGUCGGACACAGAAGAUCCAGUGUAGGCCUGUCGCCGACGGCUCAAGCCCAACGAAGACACUCCAGUGUUAACCUGACGGCAGGCCAUGUGGGCCGUAGAUUCUCCAGUGUGGGCUUGGCCUGCGCUGCUCACCAACAACGCAGGCACUCCAGCGAGGUGCAGGGGGGGCACUGUUGUUAUGGAGGCGGGAAGCUAGCGAGGACCAGAUACUACACCAGGCGUCGUUCUAGCACCACCGUGGCCUGUGUCAACCCCCGCUUCUCUGUCCGCCGCCGACAAGCCGGCAAGCUCCGAACCAUCGACACCCACCUGCUGGGGCCCUCCAUGCUGCUGGCCAGCCUGGUCCAGAUGAGUGAGGAGCAGCAGAAGGGGGCACCAGAGGCGCAGGGCGGUGAGGGGGCGUCAGGAGAGGACACUGAGAGCUGCCCCUCCUCGUGCUGCUCCGAGUCAGAGGGGGACAGCUCCAGUCAGAGAGAGUGUAGCACCAGGUCAGAGGGCAGCGGGAGUGAACGAGAGGGGACAGCGGCAUCAUCAUCAUCAUCAUCAUAUCCAGAGGGAGAGAGGACGUGGGAGGACUGGAAUCAGGCUCAUAGUAUGGCAGCCUUAACGAUGGAGAACAUCCAGCCCCGGCCCCUGAGCCGCGCCCUGCGCUGCCUGCGCCGUAACUCCUCCCAGCUGCUGCCGGCAGAGGCGGUGCACCGUAGCAGGGCGGUCUACGGUGUGCACGGGCGUUAUCGACACUCCAGCCAGUUACGGAGGCCUUCCACCAACAGCGCCUGGCCAGGCAGGCUAGUCCACCCGCCCAGCCGCAGGAGCUCUAUAGUGGCCUGCCACUCCUCCCGUUCCCUGUAUAGGAACUGUUCUGCCUGCUGGAAACCCAGAGGCCGCAGGGAGUCCCUCAGCCCCCUGCAGGGCAUCUACUAUGACCCCCGCCUGGAGACUUGGAGUGGGUUCGUCUCGAAGGCCAUCGCUAAAUCGGGUCUACAGCACCUGUCUGCCCAGCCCAGUGCCUCAGCCCUGGCCAAGUUUGACACAGACAGGGAGAUCCGGAGCAGCUGUGACUGGACUGAGAACGCCCUGUAUGGGGAGCACAUCUGGUUUGAGACCAAUGUCUCUGGGGACUUCUGUUACGUCGGAGAGCAGCACUGCUUCGCCAAGACACUGCAAAAAUCUGUAGCCCGGAAAAAGUGUGCAGCCUGCAAGAUAGUGGUUCACACAAUCUGCAUAGAGCAGCUAGAAAAGUUAUUCGACACCAAGGCUAUUCCAAAUGAAGCCAGCCUGCUUAUCGAAGACCCCAACUUUAGAAUAAACUUUAGGUGUAAACCGUCAUUCAGGGAAUCGGGGUCGAGGAAUAUACGAGAGCCAGUCCUCCAAAGACAAGGCGCUCUAAAGUGCCACAGGCGGAUGGCUAACUGCAUGGCCACCCCUUUCCUGAGCCAGUCCCAGCCCACCGUAGUGCGGCACCAUUGGGUGCACCGGAGGCGCCAGGAUGGGAAGUGUCGGCAGUGCGGGAAGGGUUUCCAGCAGAAGUUUGCCUUUCAUAGCAAAGAGAUUGUGGCUAUCAGCUGUUCGUGGUGUAAACAGGCAGUAAGUUGGAAGUAUCACAACAAGGUGUCCUGCUUCAUGCUGCAGCAGAUCGAGGAGCCCUGCUCCCUGGGUGCCCAUGCCUCUGUGAUCGUACCCUCUACCUGGAUCCUCCGGGUCCGCAGACCUCAGACCUCACUAAAGUCGAGUAAAAAGAAGAAACGGACCUCGUUUAAGCGCAAGUCCAGCAAAAAGGGAGUAGAGGAGGCGCGCUGGAAGCCCUUCAUAGUUAGACCCAUUCCCUCUCAGCUCAUGAAGCCGCUGUUGGUGUUUGUCAACCCGAAGAGUGGGGGAAAUCAGGGAGCCAAGAUUAUCCAGUCGUUCAUGUGGUACCUGAACCCCCGCCAAGUAUUCGACCUGAGUCUGGGAGGACCCAAGGAUGGGUUAGAAAUGUACCGUAAGGUGCAUAACCUGAGGAUACUGGCAUGCGGAGGUGAUGGCACGGUGGGCUGGAUCCUGUCUGCUCUGGACCAGCUCCAGUUGAACCCCCAGCCUGCAGUAGCCAUCCUGCCUCUGGGGACAGGCAACGACCUGGCCAGGACCCUCAACUGGGGUGGGGGUUACACAGAUGAGCCGGUGUCUAAGAUCCUGUCUCAUGUAGAGGAUGGGAACAUCGUCCAGCUCGACCGGUGGAAUCUAGUAGUGGAGCCCAACCAGGAUGCUGUUGCAGAGGAGAGGGAUGAGCAGCAGACCGACAAGCUCCCCCUCGACGUCUUCAACAACUACUUCAGCCUCGGCUUUGACGCACACGUGACACUAGAAUUCCACGAGUCUCGAGAGGCCAACCCGGAGAAAUUCAACAGCCGCUUUCGGAACAAGAUGUUCUAUGCAGGGACGGCCUUCUCAGACUUCCUCAUGGGCAGCUCCAAAGACCUAGCCAAACACAUCAAGGUCGUGUGCGACGGCACCGACCUCACCUCAAAGGUUCAGGAUCUGAAGCUGCAGUGUUUGGUGUUCCUCAACAUUCCCAGAUACUGUGCUGGUACCAUGCCAUGGGGAAACCCAAGCGAGCACCAUGACUUUGAACCACAACGGCACGACGACGGCUGCAUUGAAGUUAUCGGCUUCACCAUGACCUCUCUGGCAACACUGCAGGUCGGAGGUCAUGGUGAGCGGCUGAACCAGUGCAGAGAGGUGACCCUCACCACCUACAAGUCCAUCCCCAUGCAGGUAGAUGGGGAGCCGUGCAAGCUAGCCCCUUCCACCAUCCGGAUCUCCCUGAGGAACCAAGCCAACAUGGUGCAGAAGGCCAAGAGGAAGACCUCUAUACCGCAGCUCAACGACCAGCAGCCCUUCCCGGAGAGAUUAAGGAUCCGGGUGAACCGUAUUAGCAUGCACGACUAUGAGGCCCUGCAUUACGACAAGGAGAAACUUAAGGAAGCCUCUAUCCCGCUGGGCCUCAUCGUUGUCCCGGGAGACAGUGACCUGGAAACAUGUCGCUCCCACAUUGAGAGGCUCCAAGAGGACUUCGUCUCCAUUCAUCCCUCCUUCAAACGACUGGUGCUCCAGGAGGAUGAGGGAGCUAAGUCAAAGACCCUUUCCUCGCAGAAGCUUUCGCCAAAGUGGUGCUUCUUGGACUCCACAACUGCAGAUCGAUUUUACAGAAUUGAUCGUGCUCAGGAACACCUAAACUAUGUGACCGAGAUAUCCCAAGACGAGCUCUUCAUCCUGGACCCUGAGCUGGUCGUCACGGAGACGGUGAGCACCUCACCAGGGAUGCCUGAUCUGGUGGAUUCUUCUGGUGAAUUCCCGGAGGCGUCUCCCAAGUUUGGAUUCCCGUCCUCCUCCUCUUCUCCUCCCCCCUCACCGGGACCCAGGAUCAUGGAGCUCCAGAAGACCACUCAGAGGAAGCGAAUAUCCAGCGACAGCUCGGUGGUGGAGGCACUGGCACACAACGACUCUCUCAGGUCCAGUAAGCCUGCCCUCACCAGGGCCGGAUGUAUCCAUCGGUCUAACACUACUGCAGCUGAGAUCAACCCAACAUUGAGGUCAGAGAAGAAUUCACUGUGCAAUACAGACAAAGUAUCACCAGAAGUGUUGAUUGAAUGUGUGAAGAGCAAGGACCAUCUGAAGCUGAAGGAGCUGCACAAACUGGGAGCCGACCUGUCACUGCAGGACCCCUCAGGAUGCACCCUGCUCCACUAUGCUGUGGACACUGGUAGCAAGGACACUGUCAAAUACAUCCUGGACAAUGCACCCACAGAUAUCCUGGAUGUAACAGAAAAAGAAAAUGGGGAGACAGUGUUGCACAAAGCAGCGUCACUGUGUCAGAGGACUAUCUGUCACUACCUGGUAGAGGCAGGGGCAUCCCUCAUGAAGACCGACUUACAGGGUGACACACCAAAGCAUCGUGCAGAGAAGGCCAAGGAUGCAGAGCUGGCAGCCUACCUGGAGAACCGGCAGCACUACCAGAUGAUCCAGAGAGAGGACCAGGAGACAGCCGUGUGACUCUGCUCCCUGACCUCCAGCACCACUUCCCUAUCACCUAACCCCGUGCCAAACCUACUUUAGCUAAAAAAAGGAAACUCACCAGAGAAGACGGUCAAAAGGGAGCCAGUGUUGUAUUCUCCUGCUAGGGAGUUGGUUGGAGUUCUACCAGAUGAGAGAUUCGUCAGGUCCACCAUGUGAGAUGCUUGUGACCAGUGGACUUGAUUAUUGCACUGCCCCCCCCAAAAAAGCGUAUGUUUUGUGUCGGAACACUUGGAAGAGAUGGUUCUUCUGUUUAAUUUUUUUCCCCCCAGGUUGUGUUGCACUUGCAAUCCACCUAGACUGAAUGUUGAAAUGGUUCUGUAGAGAAUUGUGCUCCCAGGUUUUAGGACAGGAGCUUGGGUCAUUGACUGCCUUGGUAGUUGUAUUAUUAUACGCUCUGAUGGAGCUGUAUCUCUCUGUGUCUAUAAAAGCAGCGUGAGCGUUUCAACCGUACGGAUCACAAUGACUCAGUGGAUUUCAAAAGGGUACAAACACUCUGAUCCGUAGGCCAGCUGUCUUUAAGGCUACCAAAAAAAUGUCAUUAUUUUAUUUGUUUAUAGUACUGCUGUUGAUUUUUUAAUUUUUUUUAUUGAUUGAUUGAUUUGUCCACCCAUAAUGCAGUGUAAUGGGAUAAAACGAUCCACGAAAGUGGGGAAUUUUUUUACGUAACACUUCUCAUCACCAAACGAUUUGAAUUGAAUAGAUCAAUAUUGUUCUACUUUAUGGUCACUUGGCAAAUGUUUAUUUUUAUUUCUUAGUGUUAAUAAGGAUAUUUGGUACUGUACACUUAUCGUAGUACCUCUGUGUUAAAGCAGUGUAUGCACCUCAGCUCCAAUUGCCUUGAUUUUCUUAUUUUGUUGGCUGAUUCGUUUGUAUUUAAUGUACUUAAUUAUGUCAUGGUGUAUUUUUAUAGCAUUUUUAAGCAGAUUGAUGUUUAUAUAAUUUGUACAUAUUAUAAAUGUAACAUUUUUGUGUUUGGUCAUUACUUACUAUAAAAUGUGCAUUUUCUAUGUAUUUGUUUCAGAACUACAAAGCAUUUCUUCUCUCAUGUUGUUACAGAAGUCAAAGGCGUAUUUAUUCACCUCAACAUUUUUUUUUUACCGAUUUAUGUUCAGCGAACUCAAAAAAUGUUCCGACGGGUUGGGUUGUAAAUUUACAAGGUGUUUGUUGUUGUUGUUUUUUUACAUUAAAAAAAAAAAUAAUAAUAA